UAAUUUUAAAACAAAUUAAAUUGUUUUCAAAUGUUUGAGUAUUUCACUCGAUACUUAUCACCUAUCCAACUAUCGCUAUCGGUACUGCUGCAUGACUCAUCUCUAACAAAAAGACAAAACAAAAAGUGCUAUUGGUAGAUUACUUGGUUAAAUUGGACAUAAACACUGCCAUUUAAACGUUUAUAAUGUCUUAUCUGACCAAUUUUAACAAUGAGAGUGCCAAACAAAUACUUAUGGAUAUUAUACGAUGUGUCAACCAGCCGGAAAACUCAAAGAAACUCUCUGAAGCAAAGGCAUCAGCUGGAAAAGAAAUGAUUCUGAUGAUGCAGCACGUGUUUCCCUUGGUGAUGCAGCUCCAAUUGGAGGUCAUCAAGGGUCAUGGUUUUCCCGGAAACCGCGAAGGAUUAGUUCAGUUCUCGCAACUCAUUCGGGAAAUGGAACGCGACGACAUGGAAAUUGCACGCCUGCGCAGUCAGAUCCGAGCUAUUUACCUGCCACCCAUAGCUAUAAAUACCACAAACGAUAUCCUAAUCUAAGCGGGAGGUAAAUCCCCAAAACAAGACUGCAAUUCUGGCCUGUUUCGGGGCCUACAAUUACUUUAAUAUAUUAACUUAGAAGACUUUACUAUUAGCUUUUUCUUUAAAUUGUUUUUGGUAUCUAAACUAAAUUCAUUAUAAAAAAAAUCAGAAUUUUAAAGUUAUAAUAUGCUUGCUAAUUCAUAAGUGCUAUAAAACAACCUGAUGAAUUUAUAAAUCAAUAAGUUUUCAACGGACUCUUGCUUUAAAUUUUUUUUAGGUAAAUUGAAAAUAACAAAAAUUACAAACAAUAAUCUGAUAAAUUCUGAAAACAGAAGUUUUUUCAAUAAAUAUUGUUUACUUACAAUUACAAUUAGGAAUAUAAUUACAAAAAGAAAAAAACAUAUUUUCAUUAUUUAAACAUAAUGGUAUGGUAUUUAAACACACGGUAUGCAUUUAAAAAAUAAAACUCGAAAGACAUCUUAUUACUUUUAACCCGAAACAGGCCCAUAUAAUAGACUUAAGUUUGAUGUUCUUAUAAAAUGCAUUUCUUUCGCUUAA